CACCCGGUGACUUUUGGCCAUUUCCAAAUACCAGACGUAUCCUCGAAGGAUGAAAAUCUGCCCUCACAGAGGUUAAUCAGAAGGUUCUCUCGCAGCCUCGGGAAGGCCUCCGGGAAGAGUCUGAAGGAUGAGUGAGCUGUGACGGGCAAAGGAAGGAGCCCACAGCUCCCUGACGUGACCGCGCGGCCGGCCAGCCGUCAUUUGGAUGUCCAGGGCCCUGCUCUCCCGUGCGGCCAUGUCCGAGGGGGAGAGCAAGGAAAGCUUGGGCGGCGAGUGCCCCGUGUGCUACGAGAAGUUCCGCGAAAUGGAGGGCGCCAGCCGGACGCUGAGCUGUGGCCACAUGUUCUGCCAUGACUGCCUGGUCAAGUACCUCCUCUCCACGCGUGUGGACGGGCAGGUCCAGAGGACCGUCGUCUGCCCCGUCUGCCGCUACGUCACCUUCCUCGACAAGAAGAGCUCCUGCUGGCCCUCCAAGCUGGACAAGAGCUCUCAGACCCUGGUCGUGCCCUUGGACCCGCCGCCCGGCCUGCUCCGGGAGCCGCAGAUCUUCCUCAUCAGCAGCCAUGGGAUACCCCUGGGGAAGCAGGACAGCAUCCUGCCCGGGCGCAGCCUGGCCGAGCUCUUGGAGGCCUCCCCGGUGCCCAGCUCCACCCGGUCGUUCUGCAGCCGCUUCCAGGCCCUACUGCUCAUCGUCCUCAUUGCCGUGGUGUCCGUGGUGGCUGCCAUCCUGCCCUGGGUGCUGCUGGUGAGGAAGCACGCGUGAGUGGGGCACCGGCCCGAGGGCCGCUCUGGAAGCUGCCCGCUCACACAGCCAGGCUGCCUGGGGGGUGUCAGCCGAGCCCUGAGGGAUGGCCAGGGGCAGAAGGGAUGUUAGGGCGGUGCUGGCUGGAGGUCCAGUGGCAUCUCCCCACCCCGGGCUCCUUGCUCCCAGUGCGUCUCAGGGAGAACAGGGAGGCCAGGGCUGGGCUGAGCAGCCAGGCUCUGGGCUGAAUGAAAUGGAAACUCCAGGCUCCAGGCCAGGGAGGAAAGCGUGAUGGACACCCUUGCUCAGAAACAGCAGCAGGGGCAUACCCUCCGGGGAAGCUGACCCUUCCUCUAGGCUGGAGCCAAGCAACGCAGGGAGAUGGGCGGCUGCUCCGUCCUGUGGGCUCACCAGCCCCGAGGGGUAGUCCUCACCUGCCAGGUGACCUGCCUGAGCCCAGCUGGGGUUCUGCGUGGGGUACAUCCCAGAGGGGGCCAAGGGCAGGACUCCUCCAGGACAGAAUUCCCAGCCAGGGUCCUCCAACCCGCUCCGAGCAAUAAACAGAAGGGGUGGCGCAGGGGCCAAAGGCGCUUGUGUUUCCUGGAAUCUCAGCCCCCAUCCAUGACACCCCACAGCUGGGCAAGGGUGCCAGCCUGGAAGGUCUUCCCUGAGGGAGAAGCUGAUCUCAGGGAGCUCCUGGAGGAAGGAACAGAAAAGGGGAGUGGAGGCCACAUCAGGAGUCGGAAGUUUGUUGACAGAGGCUGAGGCCAGCAGAAUGGCCCACAGAGCCAGAGGUCUCCCCAAGCCUCCCCGGCCCAAGAAUGGUCCAAAUUUUGAGUCCUGGGGUUUUCAAGGAUAGUGUGGAAAGCGGGCAGUGCAGGGGAAGCCUGGUGGCCGGGACUUGAGUCAGCUGAAAACUAUGUGGGCAAACGAACCCCUGGGGGCUUCCUCCCAGCCCAGGUUCUCCUCUUCCUCAUGACCAACCACUCAUUAGAGGCCACACCAGCUGGGCCAGUUCCCGGGGUGGAUUCCCAGGCUGGGCUGGGUGAGGAAGGGUGGGGAAGAAGACAGCUGUGCUUGGCAGAGACGCUUCUGUCUCAGUGAACGCUGGAACCCAGCUGUUGUCGGCGCUGGCCAAGGUCACAUCACCUGGGAACCCCGCCUAUGCUGGGGGUCCUUGAUGAGGACACUAGAAAAAGCUCAGAUUGGGUCUUGUCUGGGGAGCGAGCCAUUCGGGGACAGCUAUCUUCUGUUUAUUAAGGCCCAUAAGUCAGUGGGCCAUCAUCUUAAUUUUAGCACUAAAACCAGCAAAAACCUCAAGCUGUUUUCUGAAAUGGGUGGUUCAGAGCCCAGGUGUGCCAACAGCCAAGCUCUCCACAGCCUCUGCCUCUCUCAGCGAAGCUCGCUGUCUGUGGGGAAAGAAGUAGCACCCUCUUAACUAGUUCCUAAAAGCCUGUAAUGGUGGUCAUUUGGGGACCAUUCGGGGAUGGGAUCCACCUGCAGGGGAUAUUGGGACACAGAAAGAGUUGAUUUAAUGCACUUAUGGGCUUCUUUUCAAGACUAGAGAAGAACAUAGGUGCUAUUGGGGGAGGUACAGGUGGAUUCAUGGGAAAAAUGUUUAUUACAGGAAUUAAAAUGUUACAUUUACAAAGACUCUACUGAGUCAGUUUUAACCACACCCAGGCUGCUUCAAACAGUGUCAUGAAUGUCUGGGGACCUGCUUUUAGCCUCUUCAGAUUCUGUUGUGUUUGCCGAAAGUUAAUUUCGAAAUCCCUGUAGUGUUUCCAUAUUGUUCAGUCGUGACUUGUAGAUAGCACUCCUUUUAUUUUCAAAGAAUGUCAAAAGCUAUAUAUUUUCUCAAAGAUUCCAGACACACUGUAAAUGCAUGUGGGAAGCGAUGAGCCUGGCCUUUUAGGAUAAUUCUUUUUAAAUGAAAAAGACCAUCCGAAAACACAAAUGCAAACGGCUCUUAAACAUUUAGUCAGCCACACUUGUGAAAGGAGUGCAAAUUACAAUUCUGCUGGCAUCCCGUUUUUCACCUAUUAGCUUGUCUAAACUCACCCUGCUGCCAACGCUGAGGGAAGCACGUGAGGUUGGUAGGAAGGGAUACUGAUAAAACCCCUAGGAGGGGAAAUUUGACAUUAUCUAUCAAAUGUCCACUUUGACCAAGCAAUUCCCAUUCUAGAAAGGUAUGUGACAGAUACACUUGCAUAUUGCGGCAUUGACAUAUGUAACUGCAGUGUUGUUCCUAAAAACAAAGAAUUGGGAAACCCUGCAUGCCAGUCGGAAGGGGCUGGUUGUGUAACUUGAGAUGCAGGAACUGUCAUGCAGCUGUAAAAAGAACAAGGAAGGACCUGCAAACUGACUGAAAGUCUCCAAGAUCCAAUGGCCGAUGGGCAGAGGCAAGGUGUGAAACGCUGGGUAUCCGAUACUACAACCUGUGUAGAAAGUGGGGGCAUAAGAAUUUACUUUCCGGGACUUCCCUGGUGUCCAGUGGUUAAGAGUGCGCUGAGAAUGGACUUGAGGACACGGGGAGGGAGAAGGGUAAGCUAGGACGGAGUGAGAGAGUGGCAUGGACUUAUAAAUACUACCAAAUGUAAAAUAGAUAGCUAGUGGGAAGCAGCUGCAUAGCCCAGGGAGGUCAGCUCUGUGCUUCGUG